AUGUCCUCCCUUACGUACAACGACAUUCUCGACUCUCUCAAGGAGAUUGAACAAGACUUCCUCCUUGAACGAAAGCCCUAUUCCGAGAUCCUCGAGACUCUUUCGGAGGUCAAUACGGCCGCGGCUUCCAUCGACAAAGACGGCGAUCACGAUCCCGAAGUGGUGAACGAGGUGCGUCAGGUCGCUCACCGAAUUUCAAUCCUGGCCUCGACCCUCGCCAAUCUCGAAGCUGCCAGCCAAGAAGUCAGCGAAAACUUGCGAAGAGAAGUGGCUGAAGUGCUCCGACGCGAGGACUAG